CGCAGGCUGCUCCAGCGGAGGUCCUAGCCACCCUGACAUUGACCCUGACCCCUGCUGGAUACAGAAAUGGCUAACAACUUCACUACAGCGCUGGCAGCUUCUCAGGGCAAUAACUGUGACCUCUAUGCACACCACGGCACAGCCAGGAUACUGAUGCCUCUGCAUUACAGCCUUGUCUUCAUCAUCGGGCUGGUGGGAAACCUGCUGGCCUUGGUUGUCAUUGUUCAAAACAGGAAAAAAAUCAACUCAACCACUCUCUAUUCAAUGAACUUGGUGAUUUCUGACAUCCUGUUUACCACAGCCUUGCCCACUCGGAUAGCCUACUAUGCCCUAGGCUUUGACUGGAGGGUCGGUGAUGCCCUGUGCCGGAUAAAUGCCCUGGUAUUCUACAUCAACACCUACGCAGGCGUGAACUUCAUGACCUGCCUGAGCAUAGACCGCUUCUUCGCCGUGGUGCACCCUCUGCGCUACAACAAGAUUAAAAGGAUCGAAUACGCGAAGGGUGUUUGCAUCUCUGUCUGGAUUCUAGUAUUUGCUCAAACCCUGCCUCUGCUCAUCAGACCUAUGUCCAAGGAGGAGAUCGGCAGGACAACUUGUAUGGAAUACCCAAACUUUGAAGAGACGGCUUCCCUCCCCUGGAUCCUGCUUGGGGCGUGCCUGCUCGGCUAUGUGCUGCCCCUUGUAAUCAUUCUCAUCUGCUACUCCCAAAUCUGCUGCAAACUCUUCAAGACUGCCAAGCAGAACCCACUAACUGAGAAAUCGGGUGUCAACAAGAAAGCUCUCAAUACAAUCAUCUUCAUCAUUGUGGUGUUCGUUCUCUGUUUCACACCUUACCACAUAUCAAUCAUCCAACACAUGAUUAAGAAACUCUGCUCCCCUGCCCUCGAAUGUGGCCAGAGAUAUUCCUUCCAGCUCUCCCUGCACUUCACAGUGUGCCUGAUGAACUUCAACUGCUGCAUGGACCCCUUCAUCUACUUCUUUGCAUGCAAAGGCUACAAGAGGAAGGUCAUGAAGAUGCUGAAGCGGCAAGUCAGUGUGUCCCUCUCCAGCGCCGUGCGGUCAGCCCCUGAAGAAAAUUCACGGGAAAUGACGGAGUCCCAGAUGAUGAUCCACUCCAAGGUUUCCAAUGGAAGGUGAAAGGACACACCAGGCUUCACAGUAGAGCGAGCUGCGUGGUGGCCUCUGCAGAGCGAGCUCAGUCCCAUUGCCACUCGAGGGAACAACAAAAGGAAGUUCUACUCCGUAGCUGAAAUACUGUAUGUCUAAGGGAAGGCUGCCUCAGUCAGUUCUUGCUGUAAAAGAAC